AUGACGCUCUUCGGCAGCGGGGACGCGGGCUGGAGAUAUUUGGACAUGGCCAGGGAACCCAAGCCGAGCCGGGCCAGGCUGGGCCAGAAGCGGCAGCACGGCAGUAGCCUGUACCACAGUAACUGCGACCUGGACUACGAUCUCUACAGGGAUGACUUCCCGUACCGGGUGUACGAGUACCAGAAGAUCCCCCCCCUCAUUAACCGCAUUCCGGUCAAGGCCAGACGAACUCACGUGGGAGCAGGAAGCAAAAGCAGCCUGAGCCCCCCGCCCGGGGCGAGGAGCAGCACCAGCUCCACGGCAGGACGGACAAAGUUGCGGGCCGAAGAGCUGCACUCCAUCAAGGGGGAGCUGAGCCAGAUCAAGGCGCAGGUGGACAGUCUGCUGGAGAGCCUGGACCGCAUGGACCAGCGGAGAGAGCGUCUCGCGGGGUCCAAGGAAAGCGAGAAGAAGAGGGUAGAGACAGGGGCAGAGUCGCCGUCCCCAGCGGGAGAGGGGUCACGGGAGCCCCGGGGGAAGGAGGGGACGGGAGCUGACGGGCACAGCGACCUGCGCAACAUCGACAGUGCCGAGGAGAGCACAGACACGGAGGAGAUGGUAAGAGGAGGGUGA